AUGCGUGAAGUUAUCAGUAUUAGCGCUUCGCACAGAACAAAUCAUGUCCUAACACAAUUCUACAAUUGCCAAGAACAAUCAUUGCAUAGUGCUGAUGCUGAAAAUGACCCCACUGUUUUCCUCAAUCCCACAGUGGAUCGGAUUUCCAAGACGGUCUCAUAUGCUCCUAGAGCUAUUCUGUGGGAUGCAAAUGGCGGUGCUGGGUCUCUUGGCGUUCACCAGUAUUCAGAGACCAAAGACUACUACUACGAUGCGCACCACAAGCCCGAAGAAACGGAUCCCAAUAUUAAGCUGAUUCACACGCAGCCCAGAAUUCCACAAUCAGAAUACCAAACAGCUCUAGACUUGGGCCUUCCGCUGCCUGAACUAGACGACAAGAACACUGUAUUUUGGUCGGAUUACGCCAAACUGGUCUUUGGCCCCGCUAACUUGAACUUUUUGAACGACUGGUAUCACAACGUGCAGGAUCCGUCGUGCCCUGAUUUUCACAAUCUACAUCAAACUCUUUUCGACAACUUUGAUGUAGGGUUACAUGAAUUCAAGACGAAUCACGCAACGCAAUUCUUUGAUCAGCAACUGCACUCCCAACUGGAGUCUUGCGACGGAUUACAAGCUAUCAAUCUAUUAUCAGAGGUCGACAAUGGGUGGGGUGGCUUCUCGUCCAGUCUGCUAGUAGAGAUGCGCGAUGAACUACCAAAAACAGACGUGAUAUCCUGGGGCUUCAACAAUGACGACGUUUUGACUCUAAACCAGCCCAUACACUCUACUAGAACCAAAUUCCAAAUGAUCUGCAACAAGAUACGCUCUUCGCUUGCCCUAGUACGCGACUCCACCCUUCACUUCCCAAUCUACUCGAGCCCUCACGAGUCGCUAUGGAGAUCUGCUGGCUCCACGAUGCUCUUGUUCGAUGCCGUCAAUUCUGUUGGAUCCUAUCAAGGUGAAGCUAAGAACACGUCGCUGGGCUACCUCAUCGGGGCUCUCACACACGACGAGCCCCACAGAAACAUCUUGUCUGGGCUCACUGCUGAAGAACACGACUUUUCGUUCUACUCCCGCGUUCCAAAAUACAGGACUAGCGGUUCGCAAAUUUACUCAAAACUUUCUAUCGCCAGAGGCUCUACCCCUACUUCAGAAAAUAAAGCAACGAUUAAUACUUCUGAGUGGCUGCCAUCCGAUACUAUACCCGCGGAGUACAGAACGAAUAGUUGCUACUCUGUUGAUCUUUCUGUCACUGAAAAGCCCAGAGAUAUAUUCAAGAAUUGGUUUGACCUAGUCUCCCGUCACUUUAAGUACGACAGCGAUCGAGAGGAACUGAAGGAAGAAUUAGGGAGCCUUGCCGCUUUAUAUGAAGAGGGCUGGUAUGACGACGAUGAUUCUGGCGACGAUUUGUGA